CCACGCUCCCCUCCCAUGGCGAUGGCCACCGCCCUCUCUACCUCACUCCCGCACCUCCCGCCCCGCCACCGCCUCCCCUCGUCACACCCCGCUGCAGUCUCCCUGCCCUCCCGCGGCGUCCGGCGGCGAGAGGCCCCCCGCCUCGCGGCCGUCGCGGCGGCAUCCGAGGUCCUCGACUCCACCAACGGCGCCGUUCCCUCGCCGAGUAGCGGCGUCGACACCGGGCGGCAGUACGGGCGGGAGUACUUCCCAUUGGCCGCUGUCGUCGGGCAGGAUGCAAUUAAAACUGCUUUGCUGCUUGGGGCAAUUGAUCGUGAAGUUGGAGGCAUUGCCAUCUCCGGGAAGCGCGGGACGGCUAAGACAGUGAUGGCUCGUGGCUUGCAUGCUAUGCUUCCACCCAUCGAGGUGGUAGUAGGCUCAAUUUCAAAUGCUGACCCCAACAUCCCAGAAGAAUGGGAGGAUGAUUUAGCUGACCAAGUUCAGUAUGAUGCUGAUGGUAAUGUCAAGUCUGAGAUUGUUAAAGCACCUUUUGUGCAGAUUCCACUUGGUGUCACAGAGGACAGGCUUAUUGGAUCAGUUGAUGUUGAAGCAUCAGUGAGAUCAGGAACUACCGUGUUUCAACCUGGUCUUCUUGCCGAAGCCCAUAGAGGUGUUCUUUAUGUUGAUGAGAUAAAUCUGUUGGAUGAGGGCAUAAGCAAUCUGCUUCUGAAUGUCUUGACGGAGGGAGUUAAUAUUGUGGAAAGAGAGGGCAUUAGCUUCCGUCAUCCAUGCAAACCACUUCUAAUUGCUACUUACAACCCGGAGGAAGGAUCUGUACGUGAACACUUACUUGAUCGUAUUGCAAUUAAUUUAAGUGCUGACCUUCCAUUGAGCUUUGAUGACCGUGUGGCGGCUGUCAAUAUUGCAACCCAAUUUCAGGAGUCUAGCAAAGACGUUUUUAAGAUGGUCGAAGAAGAAACGGAGGUUGCAAAAACUCAGAUAAUUUUGGCAAGAGAGUAUUUGAGGGAUGUUGCUAUCAGCACGGAGCAGCUCAAAUAUCUUGUCACGGAAGCUAUACGGGGCGGCUGUCAGGGGCACCGUGCUGAGUUGUAUGCUGCUCGUGUAGCAAAAUGUCUCGCUGCCAUGGAAGGACGUGAAAAAGUUUACGUGGAUGACCUCAAGAAAGCUGUAGAGCUAGUUAUUCUACCUCGCUCGAUCAUAUCUGAUAACCCACAGGACCAGCAAAACCAACCACCUCCACCUCCACCUCCACAACCUCCACAAAAUCAAGAUUCUGCAGAAGAUCAAGAUGAGAAGGAGGAAGAUGAGGAUAAGGAAGAGGAAAAGGAGGACGAUGAUGAAGAAAACGAACAACAGGAUGACCAGAUACCCGAGGAGUUCGUUUUUGAUGCUGAAGGUGGACUAGUAGAUGAUAAGCUCCUUUUCUUUGCUCAGCAAGCACAAAGACGAAAAGGAAAGGCUGGACGAGCAAAAAAUGUCAUAUUCUCAGAAGACAGGGGCCGGUACAUCAAGCCUAUGCUUCCAAAGGGUCCAGUAAGGAGGUUAGCUGUUGAUGCGACACUUCGAGCAGCUGCGCCAUACCAAAAGCUGCGGAGAGAGAAAGAUCUUAACAAGACAAGAAAAGUUUUUGUUGAAAAGACUGACAUGAGAGCCAAAAGAAUGGCUCGAAAAGCCGGUGCUCUGGUGAUAUUUGUUGUGGAUGCUAGUGGCAGCAUGGCUCUGAAUCGCAUGCAGAACGCGAAAGGGGCGGCAUUGAAGUUGCUUGCAGAAAGUUACACAAGUAGAGAUCAGGUUUCAAUUAUUCCUUUCCGUGGAGAUUUUGCUGAGGUUCUACUUCCGCCAUCAAGAUCCAUAGCAAUGGCACGCAAACGUCUUGAAAAGCUACCAUGUGGUGGUGGUUCUCCUUUAGCUCAUGGCCUCAGUACAGCUGUCAGAGUGGGGUUGAAUGCUGAGAAGAGUGGCGAUGUUGGACGUAUUAUGAUCGUUGCAAUUACCGAUGGAAGAGCUAAUGUAUCACUGAAGAAAUCCAAUGAUCCAGAAGCUGCUGCUGCUUCAGAUGCACCAAGACCUUCUACUCAAGAAUUAAAGGAUGAGAUUCUUGAGGUGUCUGCCAAAAUAUACAAGGCAGGAAUGUCACUUCUUGUCAUUGAUACUGAGAACAAGUUUGUAUCUACGGGAUUCGCCAAGGAAAUUGCAAGGGUUGCCCAAGGGAAAUAUUAUUACCUGCCAAAUGCUUCGGACGCCGUGAUUUCCGCUGCCACCAAGACUGCGCUCGCGGAUUUGAAGAGUUAGCGAUUUUCGGAGCAUUGACACCCAUCUGUUGUUUGUAUCGUCUGAUCCGAGUGAUCGUGCAGUCAGUAACCUGUGUAGCUGUGUUCAUUCUUUCCUGAAACUUUGGGACAUUCUGGCUCUUAUGACCAAUUUUGCUAUAGGUUUUCUUUCUUCUUCUUUUUUAUCGUCAGAGCUCAGGUCCAAGCAUGAUACUGUGUAUAAGAUUGAACUACCCUCCUUAAUUUUCUAAUAAUUGGCCAUGUAAAUCGGUUGCUUUUAUUUGAAAGGCGUAAUCUGUUACUGUUGA